AUGAGUAAUCAAAAUGUACAGACAAUAGAUAAUCAAUUAAAAGUAUUAAACUUGAAAAGAAAGGAAAUACCAAAAGAUGGAGCUUGUAUGGUAAGUAUCAUUGGUCAUUAUCAUCAUCAUCAUAUGACAUUGAUUAAUGUUUUUAGAUGUAUAAGUGAAUUCAUAUAUGGUACACAAGAUAGACAUGGAUAUGUUAGACAAAAGUGUGUAGACUUUUUGAUGGCACAUAGAGAUUCAUUCGAGCCAUUUGCAUGUAUCAACAACCCUUGGGAUAAAUACAUUCAAGAGAUGAAAAAGGAUGAUACUUGGGGUGGUGAAGUAGAAUUACAAGCUUUAUCACUUUACUACAAAUUGAAUCAUGACAGAGCUGAUUCUAAUCUAUCUUUGUCUUUGUCUCACUGUGUAGAAGUUGAUAAUAGUUACAAGAAUACAAUAUCACUAGCCUAUUGUCAAGGUGAACAUUAUGAUAUUGUUUAUCCAAUUGCUCAUUUGGAGAAUCUCAUGGCCGCCCAAACAUUGGUCUAUCAAAUACUCUACGAACGAUUACAGAUUGAAUGUGUUGAUGAAAUGUUUAAUUGGAAGAAUAAUCCUAUUGUUUGGUGGGAUGAAUUGGUAAAGAUCAAACAAGAAAAGGACAAGAAAAUUGUAGAUACAUUGAAAUCAAAGUCAAGAAUGUAUGUCGAUCCAGUUGAAGAAUACCAAAUGCAACUUAGGAAAAAGAAAAGAGAAGAAGAAGAGAAAAAGAGGAAUGAAAAGAAAAAUAAUAAGAAAAAUACUUCUAAAGAUUCUCCUCAACAACAAUCAAACAAGUCUCCAAAUUCUACUUCUACCACUGGUUCGACUAAAACUUCUCCUUCUCAACAAUCACCAUUACCAUCAACACCAACAACAACAACAAUGAUUGAAAACAGCAAUGGUGAUGAAGAGAUUGAUGAAGAUUUACAAGAGAUUAUAAGACAAAUCGAGGAACAAGAUAUGGAAGAACAAAGAAAACUUGGGAGGGAAAAACAUUUUCCACAAUUGGGAGGUUUUGGUACAACAGCACCUAAACCAAUUCCCCAAGUACAAACCACCAAUGUUGUUGCUACUGUUGACAACUCUCCAAAACUAUCUGUACAACCAGAUCUUCCAGCUGGCGAGGUUGUAGUUGACCCUAAUCAACCAAUAGAGGGAUCUAUGGCCUGGAAAACAGCUCAAUUGUGGGCACAAAUUGCUGCUACUUCUCCUCCUCCACCUCUUGUCCAAGAGACUAUAACAUCAACAACUACAACUACUACUACUACAACAGAUGAUGUAACUACAUCGUCUCAAACACCACCAGAUACCGAGUCACAAAAUAUUAAUAAUAAUAAUAAUAACAAUACUAACCAACAAAAUAGAAAACAAAGAAAUAGAGGUGGUAGAGGUGGUGGAGGUGGAGGUGGGUCCGAUCACCAUAAUAAUAAUAAUAAUAAUAAUAAUAAUAAUAAUAAUAAUAAUAAUAGUAGAGGAGGAGGAGGAGGAAGCAAUAAUAAUAGAAAUCAAAGAGGAGGAAAAAGAAAUAAUAAUAAUAAUAAUAAUAAUACUUCACCUUCUGCUACCAACUAA